UUCGUUUGAGCGGGUCCCGUGCCGGGCCAUCUCCCCCUCGAGCCGUCGGAUUCUGCGCGCGCCCAGCCGCCCAAUCCGAUCCGACGGCUCCCACACGACCUGCCCCCGCGGGCCCGCCGCCGUCCCUUCCUGCCCGCCACGCCGGCUUCGUCUCCGUCGCCUGUCGCCUCCGCAACCCCCUCCCUCUGUGGCUUGCUUCUUCUUGGCCAUGCGUAUAUAACAACUCCCACCACUCGUGAUCUCCUCUUAUCGCUCCCUCCCAAUUCCUCCCCUCGAUUCUCCGGGUCGAUCCGGUCGCUGUCCGGCCCGGUUCCAGUGGAGGAGAAUCGCCCGGUUUGAAGGAAAGGCUUGGAAAGGAAGGCAGUUAUCUGACAUGGAGGAGCACAUGGGAAGACGAACAGUCGGCGGCCUGCUAUUAACCAAGGGAGGAUCAAUUCUUCUCUUCAGAGAGGACGGUUCGCGCCCCAGGGCCAAGAACUGCUGCUCGCGCCAUGGCUGCAGUGGUCAUCAUUCUGUUGGCAAAGCCAAAGGCAAGGAGGUGCACAGGGCAGCGGUGGCCAAUGAAUCAACACCGGCUACCCCACGGAGACCAAAGAUUUGUAGGAAUCCCGACAGAAUGCCACCACAUGGAACCAGUGCUCCAGGCAGCAUCAGCAAGGAUGCAGGAGGCUCUUGUAGCGAAACCGGCAACAGGUCAAGAGACACUCCCGGUCCCGGGCGUGAUCUACUGGCUCGGCUCAAGGAGAGGGUCAACACAUCAAGGAAACGGUCAUUGAACAGGGAGAACAGCCCACAGUCACCGAGUGGAUUCACUGCUAGUUCCCCGAGCAACAGUCGAUCAGUCUCGCUCUCAAGGCCGUCGCACCGGGCAGCUUCGAGGGUAAGAAGAGCUGAUGAAGGUGCAAAUGCAGGAGCUGACAGUGUGCACAGAAAUGGUGCUGGGGGUGCUAGGAGGAGUUCACAGAGGGGUGACGCAGGCUUGCUGCUAGUUGAGCAGCAGGUAGCAAGAAACCAUGUGCCUUCUGAAGGGUUUCUUUCUGGGUUCAUGGCGAGAUACAGAAGCGGGCUUCAGGAAGGGCUUUCGUCCCUGGACGACAGCGUGGAGGAUUCAAAUGGGUACUUGCGCUUUGAUACGGGUGGAAUUGAAGAGCUCCAGAACUAUUUAAUAUUCAGCGAUCGGCACAGAGGAAUGAGGAUGGAUAUCGACGGCAUGUCCUACGAAGAGUUGCUUGCUUUGGGAGAGCGGAUUGGUACUGUAAAAACAGGUCUUUCAGACGAUGCAUUGUCCACGUGCCUAAAUAGGAGCCUCUACAUGCCCACAGCUCCAGGGUCUCAUGAAGAUUGUGAAACAAAAUGCAGCAUAUGCCAGGAGGAGUAUUUAUCGGGUGAGGAUGUGGGCAAGAUGGCGUGUAAACACUACUACCACCUUUCCUGCAUAGAGCACUGGCUUCGGCAGAAGAACCGGUGUCCUAUAUGCAAAUCUGUUGCCCUGAAAACCAAGUAGCAACGUGUUUCAUGUUUCUUUAUAGAUUCUUCAUAUCCUUUAUCCCCUCCGCACCUCUCACAUUUUCCCUUUUGGAAUUCUUUUCCUUCCUUUUUCUUACUCAAAGCACUCAUUUUUGUAUCAAUUUAAAUCAGAAAAGGAAAUCUUGUGUUGUGUUAGCAACUUGCUGCGAGCCUGGACCCUGUUGGCCCAAGGCCUAGUAAGAACAACCCAAUUUAUUA